AUGGACUCAGAUGAUGAGGCCCCUCCCGACCUGGUUGAAACAGGUCAAGAAGCCGUAGAAGAAGAGACGACCACCAAAGUUCCCAUAACAAUAGUCACUGAAUUCGGAGACUCUUUGGACAUUGAGAAGUCACUCACAGUCAACAAAGAUGGCGAGUCUGUAGAGGAGUGGCUGGAGGUCGGCAAUGGCUGCAUUUGCUGCUCGGUAAAAGACACCGGCGUCAAUGCGAUCGAGAGCUUGAUGGCGAAGCAGGGGAAGUUUGACUAUAUUCUGCUUGAAACAACAGGACUAGCAGAUCCCGGAAACUUGGCGCCCCUGUUCUGGGUUGACGAAGGACUCGCCAGCACAAUCUACCUUGAUGGAAUUGUCACCCUGAUCGAUGCCAAAAAUAUUUUGAAGAGCCUUGAUGAUCCCGCGGGUAAGGUCGACGGCCACGAAGAGAGCGAUCACCACGGCCCUGUCAUGACGACGGCCCAUGUCCAAAUUUCCCAUGCAGAUGUCAUUGUGAUCAAUAAGACAGACCUGGUGACGCAGCAGGAGCUUCAAAACGUCCAGGAGAGGAUCAGGUCCAUAAAUGGACUUGCAAAAAUCCAUCUCACCAAGGAGAGCGCCGUGCCUCAGCUUGAAGGAUUCCUGCUAGAUCUACAUGCCUACGAAAACAUCGUGGAGCUUGACAACUCAAAGGGGCACAGUCAUCUCGAUUCGACAAUAUCGACAAUAUCCAUACCACUUCCGGUACUUGACACUGAGCAGGUGGAUAAAGUAGAUGCGUGGCUGCGAUCAGUUCUCUGGGAAAAUGUGUUGCCGGAUGACAGCAGUGAGCACAAGGAUCCCUUCGAAAUUCACCGUCUCAAAGGGCGCCUGGUAGUACGAAACGGUGGCACAAAGAUAAUACAAGGCGUCAGAGAGCUGUUUGAGAUCUUCGAUGCGCCUCUGUCAGUAGACCAUGGAGGUGCAAUCGAGACGGGCAAGGUCGUCCUCAUCGGCCGCCAUGUCACAGACUUCGACUUCCAGAGAAGUCUUCUGGCAGCUAUUCAGUAG